UAAAUCAAAUAAUUAAAUUUUUGACAACAACAAAAAAAAAAAAGUUCAGAAAUUACAAUGGACCAUAUACAUUUUUUGGAGUUUGGACACUGAGAUUUUCAGAUUCUUGUCUGUGGUUAAACCUCGGAACCAGAGAGAGAUGCUAUCAUCUUGGAUUGUGUUACAGCUUUGAGGGUAAAAAAACUAGCUUUUGGAUUAUUCUUCAGAAAAUAUCAUCAUGAGAUUGCUUCUUGGUCUCUUGUUUCUCUUGGCUUUAGCCACUUCUUCAAGUGCAACUUACUGUCUAUGUAGAGAUGGAGUUGGAGAGAAAGAUCUUCAAACAUCAAUAGACUAUGCAUGUGGAGUUUUGAAAGAUUGUACUCCAAUUCAUGACAAAGGUCCUUGUUACCAACCAAACACCGUCAAGAGUCAUUGUGAUUGGGCGGUUAAUACUUAUUUCCAAAGAUCCGGUCAAAUCCCUGGAAGCUGUAACUUCUCAGGAAGUGCUACCACCAGCUCAAAUCCUCCUUCAACUGUUGUUACUGGUUGCAUCUAUCCUUCAAGUCCUGGAAGUGCAGGGACAACUCUGACGACCGGGACUUCUACAGGAACACAGACGUUUCCGGGAACUCCAGUGUUUGGUCCGACCGGAGGCUUUGAUCCUUCGGGAAAUAAUGGUGCUUCGAGUUUGUUCAUUUCAAUCCCUCUCACACUCGGUUUCUCCGUCAUUGUGUUUCUAUAAAAAGGUAGUGAUUAUGAAGAAAGGGAGGCUGACGUUUUUGAUGUAUGGAUGAGAUUUUGCCACGUGUGAAUGCAAGUUCUUAGAGAGGCAGACAUCCAAUUAGGGAGUUGGGCUUUGUUGUUUAGGCUGUUUUUAUUUGAUGCAUGUAUGUAAGAAAUGCUUUAAUGGAAUCUUUCUCUAAGUGUUUACAUGCAUAGUAAAGAGAA